AAAAAACUCGCUGACGCGAAGCGUCCAAACAUAAACAGAGCGGUGCAGGCUUGUUGUGUAAACGCAGCCUAUUUGUUUAACAGUGUGUUUUUCUUCUUUUUCCUCUUACAAAAAAAUCCUGAUGCACGCUUUCCUCAUGCUGUGUGCUUUCUGUCUAAGAAUUUUUAGUCGAGGCACUUGUCUCGAUCGCUAAGUGACGCUGGCGAGGUGAGAAAAGGACAAAAAAAAAAAAAAAAAAAAAAUCAAUCUGUAAUAAAGAUUAGCAGUAAACUAAGAAGUGCGUCUCGUCGGGCCUUCGACUGGAGGUACUGCAGAAGGUAACCUUCAUUACUACACUUAUUUGAAAUCCCAGUUGGGAAGGCAGCUCCACAACAAACAAGACAUCCAGGUUUUCCCCUCAGGUAAACACAGGACAAAGUAGACAGGAUGUCUGAGUCUGACACCAAAUCCAGUGUUCUUAAUGGUGGUUCUGAAGAAACGGAGGCAGCAGAAGAAAAACAAUCUUCUUCUCAAGAUGCUCCCAAAGAAUCUGGAGAAUCAUCUAUAGAUAAACCUAUGCCAGAUGUAAAAGAUGAGACUGGUGCAAGCAAAGAUGAUGAAGAAGAGGAAGAGGACACGGACAGUAUGGAUGGCAGUGGCCUCUAUUCUUUUACUGAGAAUGGUGGAGAGAGUGAAGGAAGCACACGAGGAACAACAAAAGAAAAGGAUGGUGGCAGGAGGGCAGCUAGAAAGAGGAACAGACCAGAUGGUGGCACCAGCCAUUCAUCCAGCUCAGAUGAGGAUGAUGAUGAUGAGGACGAUGAGCAGAAAGAUGACGAUGAGGAUGACGAGGCUAUGGAAGCAUGGCUGGGAGCAGAGGUUCAAGACCUCAGCAGCCCUGUGUGGCGCGCGGUACCCUCGCUGCGCUCCAGGGAGAUUGGUAGAGACUCACACCAGUUUGUGAGACGUGUGUGUGGUGCCCGUGGACUCGUGCAGAGGUUGGAGCUCCAGGGUCAUCUGGAGCAGCAUUCGGGUUGCGUCAACACGUUGCACUUCAACCCCUCAGGCACACGCCUGGCCUCAGGCAGCGAUGACCUGCGAGUGAUAAUCUGGGACUGGGCUAUACGCCAUGCGGUGUUGGAGUUUGACAGUGGCCACAAGAGCAAUGUUUUUCAGGCAAAGUUCCUGCCAAACAGCGGCGACUCUACCUUGGCCAUGUGUGCUCGAGAUGGUCAGAUCAGAGUGGCAGAGCUGUCAGCCACUCAGCGCUGUAAGAACACCAAGCGAGUAGCACAACACAGAGGGGCGGCGCACAAGCUGGCUCUUGAGCCAGAUUCUCCGUGUUCCUUUCUUUCUGCCGGAGAGGAUGCCGUGGUGUUUGGAAUUGAUCUCCGUCUGGACCGUCCCGCUAAUAAACUCGCCGUUGUAAAGGAAGGUGAUAAAAAAGUGGGGCUAUACACAAUCUUUGUCAACCCGGCAAAAACACAACACUUUGCUGUGGGUGGGAAAGAUCAGUAUGUAAGGAUCUAUGAUCAGAGGAAGAUCAAUGAGAAUGAUAACAACGGUGUGCUGAAAAAGUUUUGUCCUUCACAUCUGGUAUCCAGUGAAUCUAAAACCAAUAUUACCUGUCUUGUGUACAGUCAUGAUGGCACAGAGCUCCUGGCCAGUUACAACGAUGAGGACAUUUAUCUGUUUGAUUCGGACCACAGUGAUGGGGCCGAUUAUCUCAGGAGAUACAAGGGACACCGCAAUAAUGCCACAGUGAAAGGAGUGAACUUCUACGGACCGUGCAGCGAGUUUGUGGUCAGCGGCAGUGACUGCGGACACAUCUACCUGUGGGACAAGUACUCUGCUCGUGUCGUCCAGUUCAUGGAGGGAGACAGAGGAGGAGUGGUGAAUUGUCUGGAACCCCACCCCCACCUCCCAGGUAUGGCCACCAGUGGACUGGACCACGACAUCAAACUGUGGGCCCCCACUGCUGAGAACCCCACAGGACUCAAGGGUCUAAAAGAGGUGAUGAAGAAGAACAAGCGGGAGCGCGACGAGGACAGCGUGCGCCAUGGCGACCAGUAUGACACCCAGCUGCUGUGGUUCCUGAUGAGACACAUGAGGAACAGACAGCCCCAGAGGACGCGGCGUGAGGGUGGAGACGGAGACACAGACGAGUCUUGGAGCUCCCCUGAUUCGUCUGACGAAGAGGACAGAGGUCCAGACCACGUGCAGUGCAUGUCCUCCUGAGCCCCCCCCCACGCGCACACACACACACACACACACACACACACACACACACACACUUUAUUGCUCAUAAAUUGAUGCACAUAGGCAAGCACGAUUGACACACUGGCACAAUCAAACACUGACGAGCCACAGACUUUGGAUGGUUGUUUUGUUUUUACACACACACACCCCUACUGAAUCAUACUGUUGAGUGACGAGAUGCUUCACGCCUGAUUUCCCAGCAGUCAUGAGUGUGCAAGCGACAGUUACAGGCAGCAUACAGAUUUUUUUUUUUUUUUUUUUUGAUAAUAGUGCGAUUAGUGUGUACAUCCCUCUGAAGAGCCUGUGUGCGCUCUGCAGAGCUCUGGGAUGAUGUACUGAGGGUGUGUGGCAACGAGCACCAGAAAUAAACUUCAUCACCAGCACAACCCCCCCCCCCACCACCACCACCACCAAACAUACACACACACCUCUCUCAGUAACUAACAUCGCUCUCCUCCAUGACGUCUGUGUGACGCGAACGAGGGGUUCAGCAGCACUAAAUGUGGCUCCCAAUCAGUGGAACUGCAGCGCCCCCUCACUGCAGCACCCCGUCCCUACAUGGCUCCGUCUUGUGCUUAUUUCCAGCGUUGAGGACUACUACAUGUCUAUAUGCUGCAUCACCCUCCAUGCUGUCCUCAGUAAACCCGCCUGUUAGCGCCCCCCUCGCCACAGAGUGCACUUUGAAUCAGGGAUGUUAGCGUUUCAGACACAGACAACACGUGCACUCACGUGGUUUCGGGGAAUGGCUGAUGUCUCGUCUGUUGCUCGUCACCCUCAUUGAAGGGUUAGUGUUUUUGUUUUGUUUUUUGUUUUUUUGUCUGGCUAAACUGCAGCCAAGUGAAAGUAGACUUCCUUUUUUCUUCUUCCUUCCUUACUCUCCAUCCUGGAACCCGACACCAACGGGAUCCUUAAGCUCGGUUCCCUCUGUGACCCCCACAUUAUAAAAUGGGGUCCCGUUCCUCCUUUUGUGCACAGGUCUUGUGCUUUGCUCAUUAUUCAAACAAACCUGGAUCAAAUUGUAAUGGACGCACUGCCUACCAGCGACUUUGCGCUUGUUCAUGAUUUGCACAUGCUAACAAAUACAAAUCACAUGUAGAAUAUUUUUGUAGAAUUUGAAC